AAUUGAUCAGCACCGUGACGUCACGCUGGGGUGAAUAGAGCGCGCUGAAGCGGAGCUGUUCACUCACACAGGUGCUUAACACUGAUACUCCACCAACACCGUCAUACCACUUGAAGGCCAUGAGAGCAGCAUUUCUCAUUGCAUUUCAUUUGCUGUACCAGCUAGUUUACGUUGACGCAUCAAGAACUACAGAGUGCAUUUCGCACAUGGAUGCUUGUGUUUCUCCACACUUCUGCAGAAGCGAACAGGCUGUUCUCCGAAAUAUCUGCAAUUUUAAAGAUGGAGGAUGCCACAUGACUGAUGCAAAGGUCUGUAAUGCCACUCUUCAGACGAUGUUCAGCCGCUCACCUGCAUUGGGACAGUGUGUGUGUUCUGGACCGGAUCCAUGCAGCAGUCUUCAGCAGCUGUACUCUCAGUGCCAGCAUCACUGGGCUCCAAAAAACAAGCAACUUAAGGCAGAACGGCAAGCCAGUGAUCACAAAGAACAUGUAGACCACACCAACCAAUCCUGUCUUGAAGAAAUCGUGGCUUGUCUUGGGGAGAAAUCCUGUAACAGCCUAAUGGUGCCAUUUGUCCAGGAAUGCAAUGCCUACCAAUGCAACCCAAGUCAGUGCAGAGAUGCAUUGAGGCAGUUCUACUUGGCUCUUCCUCACAAUGUGGCUGAAAAACUGGUGUUCUGUGACUGUGAUAGAGGAGACCAAGAAUGCAAACAGAUGAAAGCCUCUCUACACUCUGGAUCCUGUGCGAGUGACCAGUCGCAGACACCCUGGACCUGCCUGGAGGCACUGGACAGCUGCUCUGAAGAUAAAUUGUGCAGGCAGAAGUUUAGCAGUUACCUCUCCAAAUGUUUUGGGGGAAUGGAAUCUGCACAUGAAACGACCAGUGAAUGGCUAAGUCGUCUGGACCCCGACUCCUUUCUUGGGCAUGACCUCCAAUGCAGGGUGGCAUUUGUGGAAACAAUGGGCUCUGUUCUUCAUCAUCCAUGCACAUGUGAUGGUUUACAUCAUCAUAAUCAAUAUAAAUGCAAUGAGCUAAAACUAAUUUUCCAGGACAAGUCCCUUUUCACGCUCGCAGGGACCAAAGAAAAUGUCCGACAUGAAGAAUGCCAUGAAUUCAACACUGGGAAACAACCAAACAGUAAAACAAGCACUGAACAGCAGUGGUUAAGUAGUGAAAUUGUCCAACAUGGACAAUUUGAUGAUUCAAGCAAUGGGCAACGACCAACCAAUGAAUCGAGCGUUAAGCAGCAGUGGUUAAGUGGAGAAUACACCAAGCUGCGGGUAAACCAACUUUUGAGGCCCAUCAGUCAAAGUCCCUGA